GAAAGAAUCUUGUGAGGCGCGUGAAGGGGAGGGACCGUCGCGCGAGAUGCACGCGCUAUACUUUACUUUGCCUCAUCUGCACAGCGGCUUGAGAAUGGAGCUCGACUCCUUGUGUGGAGCGCAUGUCUGCUCAGUGCUCUGUGUUUGAUGACAAGCAGCGAAGCAACAAUUUACCUGGAAUUAUUUUUCAUGUUCGUUAAAGCACAGUUAUUUCCUGAAACAUGAGCGACAUCUACGAGUCUGCAGCCAAUUCUCUGGGCCUGUUCAACAGCCCCUGCCUGACCAAAGUAGAGCUGCGGGUCGCCUGCAAGGGCAUCUCAGACAGGGAUACCCUCUCCAAGCCGGAUCCCUGCGUGGUCAUCAAAAUGCAGUCCCAUGGCCAGUGGUUAGAGGUGGACAGGACAGAGGUGAUUCGGAGCUGUCUAAAUCCCACGUUUUCUAAGGUCUUCACCCUGGACUUCUACUUCGAAGAGGUCCAGCGACUACGUUACGAGCUCUACGACAUCAGUAGUAGUCAUAAUGGCAUGAAAGAGGCAGACUGCCUGGGAGCCAUGGAGUGCACACUGGGCCAAAUCGUCUCCCAGAGAAAAUUCACCAAAGCCCUGCUUAAACAGGGCAACACAGUUGGGAAAUCAUCUAUCAUGAUCACCACUGAGGAGCUGACAGGAAAUAACGAUUAUGUCGAACUCUCAUUCAGUGCGAGGAAGCUGGAUGAUAAGGACUUUUUCAGCAAGUCGGAUCCAUUCUUAGAGAUCUACAGGGUAAAUGAUGACAAUACUCAGCAACUAGUGCACAGAACAGAGACUGUCAUGAAUAACCUCAACCCCGCAUGGAAGACCUUCAAGACGUCCCUUAACUCACUCUGUAGUGGAGACCAUGAAAGAAUACUGAAGUGUACAGUGUGGGACUGGGACUCGAACGGAAAGCAUGAUUUCAUAGGGGAGUUUGAAGCUACGUUCAAAGAGAUGCGAUCAGCGAUGGAUGGAAGACAGGUCCAGUGGGAAUGCAUAAACCCAAAAUAUAAAGUCAAGAAGAAGAAUUACAAGAACUCUGGGAUUGUCAUUCUGAAUCAGUGCAAGAUCAUUAAGAUGCAUUCCUUUCUGGACUACAUCAUGGGUGGUUGCCAAAUACAGUUUACAGUAGCGAUUGAUUUCACAGCAUCUAAUGGGGAUCCUAGAAACAGUUGUUCGUUACACUACAUCCACCCCUACCAGCCUAAUGAGUAUCUGAAAGCUUUAGUCGCAGUGGGGGAGAUUUGCCAAGACUACGACAGUGACAAAAUGUUCCCAGCGUUUGGCUUUGGUGCUCGGAUACCCCCAGACUUCAAGGUUUCACAUGACUUUGCAGUAAACUUCAACGAAGACAACCCAGAAUGUGCAGGUAUCCAGGGUGUGGUAGAAGCCUACCAGAAUUGCCUUCCUAAGAUCCAGCUGUACGGUCCCACAAACAUUGCCCCGAUCAUCCAGAAAGUGGCCAACUUUGCCUCUGAGGAAAUGCACACCAAAGAGGCCAUGCAAUACUUCAUCCUGCUCAUCCUGACGGACGGUGUAAUCACAGAUAUGGCGGACACUAGAGAGGCCAUCGUCCACGCCUCUCACCUGCCCAUGUCUGUCAUCAUCGUGGGAGUUGGAAGCGCAGAUUUCACUGACAUGGAGAUGCUGGACGGUGAUGACGGAAUCCUUCGUUCGCCUAAAGGGGAACCAGUGUUGCGUGACAUCGUACAGUUUGUGCCAUUCCGUAACUUCAAACAUGCCUCUCCUGCUGCUUUGGCAAAAAGUGUCUUAGCCGAAGUCCCAAACCAGGUGGUGGACUAUUACAACAGUAAGGGGAUCAAGCCCAAGUGCCCCAGCGAGUAUGAGUCUUCCAGGACGUUUGGCCACUGAAGCGCCGAGCUAACGCUCAUUACAAAAACUAGCACGUUUCUGUGAAUUUGAAUCCUUAUCUGUUCUACUUUGUUUUGUUUGCAUGCGUAGCCUGUGAGGCUUGCAUAGGUGUUGCAAUGCUACCGUUCUUAUUAUGUACAUGUGUACAUGCACAGACUUACAACCAUGAAGAAAGGAAAAACUCAAAAACUACUGAUGUAAGCAUGAUGAAUGGGAGUAGCUGAAGAAUAGUUGGAUUAUCUGUUGUUUUCUUUUCUAUAAAGGUUUGAGAUUUUGCUAAAUUUCGUAAUGUUCUUACAUUGUAAAGCAUUUUGGAUCUUAGAAAAUGAAAAGCUAUUUGAAUUAGAUUAUAUGUGGAUAUUCAGGCUUUCUUUUUCUCUCUUUUUCUUUUUUUUUUUGCAGAUGCAGGGCCAGAUGCAUGAUUGUAUUUUGCAUGUUAAUAAUAAUAAUCCAGCCUCGUUUUUCUACUUGUUCCUUUUGGGGCCUGUUAUAUGAUUUUAUGUGAAGCUGCUCUUCUGAAACCAGUCCACAAAUUCAAAUUUAGAAUGAAGUAUUUUUUUGUAGUUUAAAGUGAUGAUGUGACAAAUUGUUUGAGAAUAAAGUUUGUGUUAUGAACGAUG